CGGAGAAAAAGUCGAAUUUUAUUUGAGUUGCUUGUCUGAGGAGAGGUGCAGUGUGGUUUAAGUCUUACGUUUGUGAUAAGCUAAGGUAAGAAUAUUAGCUGCAAAGUCAUUCUUAAGCAGAAUAUGUAUACUUGAUAAUAAGUCACGGUUGAAAGUUCUAUUGCCUUACAAUGUGUUUUUGCUGAACAUUAUGCAACCCUGCGCAAUGCCCUUCGUCUUCGCCGUCAUAGUAUGAUUUGAGGCGUUCAUUAAAGAGAGUUAAAGAAUAUAACUAUCGUCUCAUGGCGCCUUCAGGAAACCAAAAGUGAUUUAAAGUGACUAAACGUCUUGCAGACAGCUGCAACUGCUCGGAGAUCCGAUUGCUAUCCGCGCUACAUGUAGUAGCUUUGCUGUUGUCCCUAGCAAAUUAGUAAAAAUUCGUUCCCUUUAGGUUUUAAUAUUUUGAGGACUUCUCGCACCAGAAAAUGACAUUUGCAGCGUGUACAACUGUACAGUCCUUUAUUCUAUUACUUAAGGUAUUUUACAAUUUCUCGACAACGCCUAGAUAUUUAUGGCCUAUAUCAGGUGCGUCAGCCACGUUUAUAGCUUAGACUGUUUGGCAAGUAGGCGAGCCCCUUUCUCAUAUAAACCUGAAAAUUUUGUCAGGCCAAGAAAGUUAAAAAGCGCUCCAUUCUGGCUAACUUAGACUGUUCACAUUCCCUAAGAUCGUCGAGACCGAACUUGUUGUAACCGGCCGACACGGUUGGUUACACUAAUGUGGCCGCACAAUUCACUACAAUAAUUCCAUAUUCAUUCACAUCACGAACACAUUCACAUCAUUGUACUAUUUUUAAUGAGUCUUCAAUGGACUGCAUUGCUCGCUGCCAUGGCUCGCUGGCUCGCAAAUUAUACACACAAUUAACAAUUGUUGGACGAGGUUGAGCAAAAUAUCGUGAUUUGUCUGUGGCGAGCAGAACUAUUAUUUGCCGAAGCCGAAGGCUGAGGCAAAUAAUUGAUCUGCGAGACACUGACAAAUCACGGUAUUUUGCGAUAACCGAAUUCAAUGACUGUUUUAUCAUUCGAUCACCGAGUUUGUAUUUGUAAUAAAUAUCCUUGGGAAGCCAAGCGAUCUGCCAUUUUCACGCAAGAGCGAUCGCAAGAAGGAGAUCUAGAAAAGCACGGUUUCCUUUACGCAUGAGCAGAAUAUUAUUUGCAGCCAAACACAGUUGGACGGUAUUGUGCAUGAGCAGACCAUUAUUUAUAGGUAGUUAUUUGCAGGUCACGUGGUGGGCUGUCGGCCAAUGAAAAGAAAGAUAAAUUUGCUUCGAAUGGCAAUACUCGGUCUACCUGGCGACCGUUGAAAAUAGGAGACUUUGACUGAGAUCUGUGAACGCGAAAUAAACAACGAUAAAUCCAAUUCUUCUUUCAACGAAAUGAAUAAAAAAUACUUGCCUGCGAUGUAUUCCACUAAGAAGACAGUGACAUCUAGGAAAUCUAAAGGCGUCCACCUGGCUGAUCAAGGGAUGUGUGGGCUAGUUCAUCCUUUGCUAAAGAAGCUUGGACUUGACUUGGUUUUUCAGAGUGUUAGACCAGUCAACAAUCUGCAGUACAUCUCUAAGCUCGUCAAAAAGGCUGUAUUUCAGUGAAAAGGAACGAGCACAUGGUCGUCAAUGAAAUCUAUCCUGAUCUGCAAUCGUCCCAUUGUCAAUAUCGCAGCACUGAAACGGCCUUGCUCAAAGUUAUGAACGACGUCCUCUUGAAAAUGAACUUGCAGCAUAUGACCCUGAUGGUCUUGUUGGAUUGAAGCGCCGCAUUUGACGCAGUUGAUCAUAAUACGACUGCGCAGGGAUGUUGGCAUAAGGGGGAAAGUGCUUGACUGGUGCAGCUCAUAUCUGUCGAAUUGGAGCCAGCAAGUCUCCAUCGAUGGGUCGCCUUCUAGACAGUUCCCUCUUGACUGUGGCGUACCUUGGGGUUCUUGCCUGGGACCCUUGCUGUUCGUCAUUUACACUUCCUUGCUGUUUAAGGUUAUCGAGCAUCACCUCCCGCACGUUCACUGUAUCAAGGACGAUAACGCACCAGAUGAGACGCUGCGUGCUAUGGGGGAGUGCAUACAUGACUUAUAGAAAUGGCUGAUUGAUGGAAGGUUGCCACUAAAUGAUGAUAAAACUGAAACUUCUAUUCAUUGAUCUUUCGUUAAAUGCUGGAAACAAUUCACUAUUAACAAAAUAUGUAAAGCCUGUUUCUAUCAUAUUCAUAAUAUCCGUCGAAUUUCAAAACUUUUGUCAAAGGAAUGCCUUCAGUUCAUGCUUUUGUGACCUCAAGACUAGAUUACUGUAUGGGCUACCCAAAUAUCAGAUUUGUAAGCUACAACGUGCCCAGAACACCGCGGUCUUCCCGCGCAUAUCUGUGAUAUCGGAUCACUGUGCGCAUUUAAGGGACAAGUCAAGACAUAUCUUGUGAUGCGAAUUGGCUUGUUAAUGAAAAGUUCUAAACAUUCUUCAUUUGCGUCCAACAAACAUAAUAUAUCGUCAUUAAGCCUUUUCCAUAUCAGCAGUGUGUUAGUAAUUUGCCCCAGUUAGAAUCUCCUUUUCCUAGUUUUGCCACAAAAGUAUUGGCAAAGGCUACGGCCAUUUUACCGACCCAUGGCUUUACCGAGUGUCUGGAGAUAAUGUUGGCCAUUAAAAUGGAUGGAGUUCUUUUUUAAGAUAAGGUUCUGUAUUUGUCUAAGAAAAUGUGUAGCUAUAGGAGGAUUUCGUUCAUGGAAAUCUUGGUAUGUUUGAUAUACUAAAUCCCUUCCUCUUGUGGAAUGUUUGUGUAUUGUGUACCCCAGGGGUUCUCCUUUUAAUGGCUUAUACGGAGAGGCACUACCCCAAAGGGGUACCUUUUUAAGCUUAGGUAUAUAAAAAGGGUAGGGAUUUCAUUAUAUUGUAAAUGUUCUUGUUCUUUGGCCACCCUAGUUGAAGUAUAUAAAAAGGUAGGGAAAUCUGUCAUUUCGGUCUAUUCAAAAGCGUAGAGUGCUGUCCUGUCUCCAGUAGACGUAAAUUAAAAUAGUGUCCCCAGUUAGUACUUCCGUGCUAAAUACAAUGACAAUCAUUAUUACAGAUGAUUUAUUACAUCUUUAGGUCUUGAAAAAUGUAAAAAGGAAUGCAAUAUGUUUUAAAUUAUUGUGGUACAAUAUUUUUGUCCACUGAAAAUUAAAAUUACUCAACUGCAUGGUGGAUUCCGUCUUAAUGUCUUUAUUUCUGAUAAAGACACGGGUAAGCUUUACGUCCAAUUUUUUAGACCAAAAUAACCCCAAAUUUAAAUUUUUAUGCAAGAAAGAGUUGAUCUAUAUCAGAGAUUUUGAAGCCGUUCAAAAAAUUGGCAGUCGUGUAUUAUCGGGAGUAAAAACUCCACUCCUGCUCGUUUUUUAAACAGUACUUAAAACACACUUACGUUUUCAUGACAUCUUUUCCUUAUCAGCGACCAUUAACGUUGCGACUGUAGAAAAUUAAAGUAGACUCUCGUGUUCAAAUUCCCCAAAAAAAACUUUGCCAAAGGUUACAGCCCCGCAUCCACAAGCCUGACUUUGCUUCUUUGUCCCCACCCCCACCCACUCCCCCCGGAACAGAAAGCAGUUUGUGCUUCUUUGCCCCCACCCCCACUCAAUUCCCCCCCCGGAACGCAGUCAAGAGAUCGAGAUUGGAUGGGAGGAGGCUGUUGAAUUUUGAAUUGAUCAGCGCAUUGAUUAGAUCUAGGCACUUAAUUCAGUCAACUUGGAUUAUGCAGUGGAUGUUAUUUCUUAUAUUUGUCAAUAUUGCUCCUAGAUCAAUAUGGAGGCUGAGCAUAACGCAACAGAAUAUCAUAAAUUGGAGGCAGAAGUUACAAAAGAAUUGAGCGAAAUGAAAAGAUUUGCCUCAAUGGAAGAAAGGCAGGACAGUGGAGUGUUACCUCUGGAUAUCAUUUCCACUCUUUGUCAUGGUAAUCCCAAUAUAUUGGGAGUUUGAUUAAAAUUCCAGACUUUUUUUUUGGGCAGAAAUGGCAUUUCCGCAUCUAAUGAAAACGCCUGUAUUGCCGGGGCUCCGACCGGAUUGUCCCCAGUCUUCUACGCAGACGUUCUUAGAGCUACGUCAUGCUCACGUCAUGCGUUCCUCCCCUAAGUCCUAAGAACGUCUGCAUGGGAGGCUAAUUGUUCCCGUUCUCAAAUGCCCUUCGACCCUGUCCACACCCUCUUUUCCCUUCAGGUUUGAAUAAACAUUUAAUAGAUAACGUUCUCGUUUUAUCCGGAAUAAUAAAGGUCAUAGUUUAUAUUGGCAAGGCUGAUUACACUUACCGAAUCCUUAAUUAUUCCGAAUAUCAUAUAAACUGAAUCUAACAUAUAUUGUUUUUGUUGUGAAGUACCCAGUACUUGUUUAAGGCUAUGUUCAUGCUAUACCAGUUAGCUUUUCAUGCCAACACAAAACGUUAUGUGAAAAGGAAACGUUAUCAGAUAUAAAGGAAACGAUAUCAGAUAUAGUAUAAACACCUAUCCGAUAUGUGACUCUCCACCUUAGAGAUCGGUGUGGCACAGCCGCAGAAGCUGAACAGAAGCUCUAUCUGGCCUGUCGGCGCAAGAGUUAUCUGGUAAAGUAUGAAAGUAGCCUAAGAAAGCUUUUUGGGGCGUUAUCCAGCCUUCCUUUCAGCACCAAACAGUUGAAUCCAAACAAUUCCUAGACUAACUAAGAGACCAUUUUACAGUUGUGUGCUCAGUGUCUUUGCCUUUGAAUAGAAGCGGGGAUGGCGGUGACCUUGUUUUGGUACAAACCUUCUUACCGACUGUAAAAUGGGCUAUGAGAGAGCUUAAACAACGACGACGAGGACGGUGGAGAAAACGUCCCAUCAUCUCUCUCAUUCAAUGUCGUUCAAUUUAUCAAAUGUUGGUGAAUUUUUCUGGAGUUAACUUCUAAAGGACUGUAUCUCAGUUCUAAAAAGAAUUAGAAAAUCGUUGUAUUGUGUUCACGUCCUCCACAAAACGUGAAGUUAGGAAGUUUGACGUCGUGGUCAUUCAACGCCGGCAAAGAAAUGUACAAGAAAGCGUGACGCACGUGCAAAGGUGUUGUUUUGCUAAUCUAAACCUAUUGCUGUUUUGCCGUUCUCGUUAACGUCGUCGUAAUGGUUGCUUAAGCUUCCUAAAACCUUAAAAUUCAGAAAAUAAGCCCCGGGGCUUAUAUUUUUCAAAGGCCCUUUUUUGAGGGGCUUAUAUUCGGAGGGGCUUUUCUACGGAGGGAAAUUUGCGUUUCAAAAUCGAUUGGGCUAGCCUUAUGGUUGGAAGUAAAUUAACCGUUUUUGCUUUGUUUUACUUUGUAUUUGAGGGCAAUUUUCCAAGUACAAGCCCCCGGGGGGCUUAUAUUUGGAGGGGCGAUUUAACGGAGGGUUUUUUGGGUUACCGGAUUGGGGGGCUUAUAUUUGGAGGAGCUUAUACAUGGAGGGGCUUAUUUUCGGAAUUUUACGGUAUUUCCUUAGGAAAAUACCAGACCUACUGGAGAGGAGUAUCGCUCAUGAAAGAUCCGUUGGACCUAACGAUACUUCAGCAGUUGCUAUGGGAACUUAAGCCCCGAACUGUUAUUGAGUUUGGCGCCUACAAAGGAGGUUCAGCUUUGUGGAUAGCGGACCUGUUGAAGAUGUACGGUUGUCAGUCUCGUGUCAUAUCUACUGACAUCGAUCUUUCCUUACUUGAUGCUGAAGCUAAAAAGUCUAAGGAUGUCGAGUUUAUUCAAGGCGACUCGUCUAAUAUUGAACAGUUUUUCCCCGAAGAAUUUCUCAAGGUAAGGUAAUAAAAAUUUUAAUAAAAGGGCAUUUAAAACGCAGGAUUGUUUUACGUUUUGCUAAAUGUUUUACUGUUAUCAUCUGUACUCACUCGGUUGUCUUAUUUUAGGACGUUUGGAAAAAGUUAAGGGGCGCUAUUUCUAGAACCAAACAACAACAGCAAAAAAAUUAAACGUUAUUUAGAGAAAGUGAUACUUAUCAGUUUCAGUAAUAGACAAACCUGUGGCCCUAUUGUUGUCCCCAGCUAAUUAGUCACGCUUUCCAGAACGAAUUAUAAUGUAUAAUGUUGCUUUUAAGGAGGAAGGGCAGUAACCAAAAUAGCUGGAUAAUAUUCCCUGGGAGCAGAGAAGAGAAUUAACAACAACGCCCACCCACAUAUGACGUCGACUCGAACCCUAGCCUCCCACGCAGACGUUCUUAGGGAUUCGUAACGCGUUCCUGUCCCACGCGUGACGAACCCCUAAGAACGUCUGCGUCGGAGGCUACUAGAACCCAGGCUUCAUUAGUCAGGGAAGCGAGAGUUCUCAACACUUCGCCAUCUCUACUCCCCGACAAAAAUCCUUCCUAGUUUUUCUCUGAAGUAUGCUAUAAUAGUAAAAAACAGUCACUCAAGUACAAAAUGGCUCUGAGUUACAAUAACAAGCCAUAAACAAUAUGUUUAUGUUUUUUCCAAAAUAGACGUACGUUUCCGGCAGCAAUGCUUUACAGUGUUGAAAUAAUUAGGUUGGAUAAGCGCUCAGGAAGCCAUGAAGAGAAAUUGGGAAACUUAAACAGUUUGAGAUCUUGCAACCAAACAAAGCUUUACCACAUAAUUCAUAAAUUUGUUAUAUUUCAAAAUGAAAUUAGAAGAAAAUUUAACACAUUGAUCGUGCUUUGAAAUCUAACUUAUGGGUUUGACACAGUUGAGGACCUUUUUGGCUGAUGGGGAAAAAGGGAGCCUUGUUAUGUUGCAUUCGGAUAUACGAGAACAGAAAUACAUUCCCUGAUUACGGUGUAACAAUUCUGUGGUAUCAAGCUAAACUUUGUAAAAUAGUUCUUUGGUUUGAUCUGUGUAUAAGGUAAAGCUUCAUGUAGAUGCAUGGAAAAGAGAUUAGCUUGCUCGCUUUUUUGAUUGUUGUCAAUGGGAUGUGUGUUCCACAAACAUUUGAAACUUACUUUUAUGCCAACAGAACAGCCUUGUACCUUUUCUUUCCUGUGAAGCCUGGAGCGAGGUCCUGGAGAGUGUUCACCAGUGACAACAACGCUCAAUGUACACCUUUACUGUAAUUUAUAAUUCUUACGUAGUACCGGCUAAACUUCAUUAUCCGGUUUAUGCUGUAAUCAAUGACAUUAUUCAAUAUAACAAUAAACAAAUAAUAAUAAUUGUUAUUAUUAAUUAGUAACUAUUUGCAAAACCAUUGAAUAUCUUAAAGUUACACUGAAAGGUUACACGCAAUGUUCAAUUACGGCUUUUCUUCACUGGCAAGCGCUUCGUCGAGAGGAUGUUGCAUUAGUAAAGCUACGAGCAAACGGACGCAACAAAUCCCAAUAUUGUUGGCCCUAGAAUGUUGAGAGUUGUCGCGUCAGUGUUGGUAGUGGUGUGAAAACGGAUACAACAACUCCCAACAACACGCAACAACAUGCAAAAGGGUGAGCAAACCGAUCCAGCAUGUAAUAUCCAACAACGUUGCGUCCGUUUGCAUGGGGCUUAAGGCUGUCUUUUAUCAUGGGAACUUUAUCCAAGUAAAGUUUUGACCAGGAUGGUUCAGAGUCGGCUCUCCUGUUCUCAUGCAUGUCGUACUAUUUUCGUAAGAAUGAUCCUUGGGAACUUUUUAAGUCCUUUAGUCGUACGUCAUAGAGCUCCUGCCAGUGACCACUAGAUCUCACUGCUGAAGUUGGUUUGAGGGCUUUGUGCUUCUGUACAACUGUCAGAGGUGUGCUUGUUAUUUCGAAGGAACAGAAAUGUCUCUUUCUUUCUCUUCACAUUAUAAGCAGUAAUGAGAAGUCUUAAUCCCCUUUGCUGGUAGAUGAGGACGUCCCAUAAGAUUGAAGCUUCGACGCCUCCAGACACUUCCCGCUUUUAAUCAGCUGAUAUUCUCUCCCGUUUGAUUUUCGCUUAUGUUUGUUAUUUCUUCAGAAUUUAAAGAGAAAUUCAUGAUGCUAGAAUGUUCUGCUAGUCUAUAAAAUUCCAGCGAUUGGCACCUUGAGACAAUGUGGUCUUUAGUAUUUUCUAAGCGCCUACCGGCGCCGAUCCUCUACGAUUCGAUAUCGUGAGCUGUGCCUGCGCUCUGAGAAAGGUUUGUCUCAUGAGUCCACUGAUGAGUCGUAUGUGGGUCCACGACAGUUGCUUUCUUUUUUUCUUGAGGGUACUCAAGGCGUAAUUCUUUGUCUUCUCAAUUUCUGCUGCAUUCUUUAGUACUCAAGGAGUUUUCUUUUCUGUUAUUCCCUUUUUCGAUAAGUAUAAUAAGAAGCCUUGAGUUCAAUCUGAUAAUACUUCUGGCACACAGCCGCAAGCCAUCCUUGUUCUAUCAAUUUUCUGUAACAGUUGAUGGUAAGCAUUUCACGGAGAUAGUCUUUCAACUUACUUUAAGUUGGACAAGUCGGACUAAGUUCUCUAAAAACGUCUGUAACUGCUGUUAAGCAAACCACCCACAAGCGUUGAUGAAAGAGAAUAGACAAGUGGUACUGAAGAAUGAAUGAAUGAGUGAAUGUUUGAAUGAAUGGAUGGAUGGAUAAAUGAAGGAAGGAAGGAAUGCAGUAUUUUUAUCAACGUGUCAAGUCAGAAGAUAGCGAAGGGGAAACCGUAAGCUAACUGGGGACAUCUAACAACUAAUGUAUCUCCUUGAAAGAUCUGCUACAUUCGUUCCUGUGUUAAUAGCCUUCUCUACAAAGAAGAGUUUCAAUCAAGUCUGCCAGUGAUAGUUAAACCUAGACUGCUGUAUUGUGCCACCUCGAUAUAACGAGCCUCUAUAUAAAGAAGUCCUCGGUGUAACUGUUGUGGUUCAAUUUUAUCCUUGGUUUAAAUUUUAUUUCCCUUUGUUUUUGGAAUGGUGAUUUAUGAUAAUAAGUUUAAAACAAAGGGAAAUAAAAUUUAAACCAAGGAUAAAAUUGGACCACAACAUAACGAACGAUUUUCUCUACGCCAGAACUAGUAAAACAUAUGAAAAAGAACCUCCAUAUAACGAAACAUCGUUUUAGAGAACAAAUUUUGCCAGUACCUUGGCCGUUCGUUAUAUCGAGGUUCCACUGUAGUGACGACAGAGGCGGCGAUGCUCAGUCAUACUGUACAUCAUACAUGCUUAUGGUCGUCAUCUUAACAAUUUUUUCAUUAAUAUAAUCAUUAUUACUGCAAAGUUCACGUGACCCCUUCUAUCUUUAAAGUCUUGUUAAUGGAACAGGAUAUUUUUCUAUUUAGGACAGGGAUCAUUGAUUUUCUACAACAAGUCAUGAAUACAUGAAUACCGCAUGCUUGUUUAACCAAGUUUGCCGCAUGCUUGUUUAGACACGUGAAUGUAGUUAUCGAGCCUAAGGUGCAUACUUGAACAAUUAAAAUAAGCAUUUCCUCAAUUAAGGGAAAUAGUCUUGUUUCCAAGUUAGCCUGACCCUUACAUCAUGAUUGUAAUUAGCACAAAUUUAGGCUAUUUAGGUUUUUAAAUAAGUUUAAGUUCAGCUUAUUCCUUGUAUAAAAUCUGCAUACAAUUACAUUGUAGUAGGAGUGAUAAGGCACCUAAGAGGAUCCUGAAUGUUGACUUAACUUAUUUGCCUGCCCCAGUGUACAGAAUUUUUUAUACAGAUUUUAGAAAAUAAGAACCUGUUUCAUUUUUUAGGCUUAAAAUAGAGGGGACCUACCUGGCAAAUUAGCAAGUUGUUAAAACCACUGAGGGUCUUACUCGUGGGUUUUUACUGUAUACUGCAGCCUUCAAAAGUUUGCUGUAAUUAAAAGCUGUAGCUGAGUAUGAUAUAUUCCCUGAUUUUUAAUGUUCUCCAACAGAAUUUGCAACAUCCAUGGCUUGUGAUAGAAGAUGCACACGUAAACCUGACAGGAGUUCUGGGAUAUUUAGAAAAAUUCACAGAGCCUGGUGACUAUAUCUGUGUUGAGGAUACAAAUCCGCUGACUCCGUACAUCUCUAAUCAAGGUCUUGUAAAGAACCUCGGUUAUGACGAGAGUGGCCCCAAUAAGCUGAAUGAGCUCAGGAAAUUUUUGACAGGUCGCGCAGAUAGAUACUCUGAAAUCAGAAAUACACCGAUUUCUACGGGUAAGAUAAACAUUCUUUGUUUUGAUCAGCUUUCACUUAUCUGAUGUUAUAUUAAAAUUUUUGACAACAAAAUUUGACAAUUGUGCAGUUGGUAUGUCGUAAUCAUUUCGAAUGUUUUGAUCUUACUCGUGAAUGUAAAUUGGAAUAAGGGUUACACUGAAAAAAGGUACUGCAAUUUGUUAUUUGUCUACCUUCUUAAAGGUUCGGUUCGUGGUUUCACUAUGGUCGCAUGGACGCGCGACUUAGUGCGUCAGGUCUCUACGAUAGUUAAUGCACUUUUCAGAUAACCUUUUUAAUGUGGCUAAAUGUAAUUUAGGCAAAGUUAACCUCGAAGCAUUGCUGGUCAGCAGUUUCCCCUGCUAUACUAGGGGUGGCCCGAUGCCUCUAGCAGGGGCACCUCGUGACUUAUAUAGCAGUUGCAUGCUUGCAGUUCUUCGCAAACUGUUGUUGCAAUAGCUUGCUGUUUGUGUGCCAUUUUUUGCAUUGGUUUUCUCCCGUCCCUCCCUCCCUCUUGAGGUAUGGGCCAGGUAAGUAUUGGUCGGUAAGUAUUCCACUGAAUUGUUCAGUGUGAUGGUGCCUGGUGGGGGCCGCUCGCAGGGUUGCCAUGGAUACCUCCUCCUCAUGCUAGAGCAUUGCCGGCUCCACCAACUUUGUAGGCACCAACGCCCAAGCUCAUCUAUUGGUGAUGAGUUUAAUUUAAUUUUUUUGCCAUUAUUUUUUGCAGUUACAACGCCACCUGGAACAUGA